AUUGCAUAGCAAGAGAUGACUCGGUUAAUGUUAAUAUCGAUAGUAAUAUACAUCUGGGCUGAAUCAAUGUUUAGGGUUGAAUGUGGAGAUCCUUAUAUUUUUUUCGAAUGGCAUGUUACAUACGGCACUGUUUCUCCCUUGGGAGUCCCGGUCAAAGGUAUUCUUAUUAAUAAUGAAUUCCCCGGUCCAAAUAUAAACUCUACCACCAACAACAACGUCGUGGUCAAUGUGUUUAAUAACCUUGAUGAGCCAUUUCUUAUUACAUGGCACGGUAUCCAGCAUAGGAAGAACUCUUGGCAAGAUGGUGUUUUGGGAACUAACUGUCCCAUCCCCCCUGGGACGAAUUACACUUAUCACUUCCAGGUGAAGGAUCAGAUUGGCAGCUACAUGUACUAUCCUGUUACCUCUAUGCAUAAGGCUGUUGGUGGUUUUGGUGGCCUUCGCAUUAACAGCCGUCCUCAAAUUCCUGUCCCAUACGAUCCACCUGCUGAUGACUAUACCAUAAUGAUUGGAGAUUGGUUUAACAAAGGACAUGUGGCUCUCAAAAAAAUUCUUGACAGUGGUCGCAACCUCGGUAGAGCUGACGGUGUCCACAUUAAUGGCAAAGUGGCCAAAGGUGAUGGUAAAGACGAACCUCUCUUCACCAUGGAAGCUGGAAAAACCUACAGAUAUAGGAUUUGCAAUGCUGGAUUAAAGACAUCUCUCAACUUCAGGUUUCAAGGCCACCCCAUGAAGCUGGUUGAGAUGGAAGGUUCUCACACAGUGCAGAAUGACUAUGAGUCGCUUGAUGUGCAUGUGGGACAAUGCUACACUGUGCUUGUCACAGCCGACAAGGAACCGAGGGAUUACUAUGUUGUUGCCUCUACUCGUUUUACCAAACGAGAGGCUACAGCCAUGGGCAUCAUCCGCUACCAGAAUGGUAAGGGAGGACCCUCAUCUGACAUUCCAAAGCCACCAGUUGGAUGGGCUUGGUCACUCAAUCAAUUUCGUACCUUCCGUUGGAACCUUACUGCUAGUGCUGCUAGGCCUAAUCCUCAAGGAUCCUACAAAUAUGGUGGCAUUAACAUUACCCGUACCAUCACGCUGGCUAACACCGCUGAAAAGGUAGAUGGAAAGCUUCGAUAUGCAAUUAAUGGAGUCUCAUUUGUCGAGCCAACCACUCCGUUGAAACUUGCGGAAUAUUACGGCGUUGCAAACAAGAUUUUCAAGUAUGAUAAUAUUCCAGAUGAGCCACCGACUAAGAUCUCAAAAGUAACUCUAGAACCUAUUGUCCUCAACAUGACACACAAAAGCUUUAUCGAAAUUAUAUUUGAGAAUAGUGAAACGGCCAUUCAAUCUUGGCACGUGGAUGGCUAUGCAUUCUUCGCUGUGGCCGUAGAGAUAGGGAAAUGGAGUCCAGAAAAGAGGAUGAACUACAAUCUUCUAGACGCGGUGAGCAGACACACCAUUCAGGUAUUCCCACAUUCAUGGGCUGCUAUCCUUAUAUCACUCGACAACUGCGGAAUGUGGAACAUCAGGUCCGAGAUAUGGGACAGACAUUACCUUGGACAACAACUUUACAUUAGUCUUCUUUCCCCUAACCGUUCCGUGAGGGAUGAGUACAACUUACCCGAGGACGUAAUGACUUGCGGUGUCGUGGAAGGCAUGCCAAGGCCUCCACCAUUUAGCAGUUAAAUUAAGCUGAUUUAUGUGCGUCCAAUUUCGGUUCAAAUACAUAUUGGGAGAGUGAGAGAGUAUGAAAAAGUUUGAG